AUGGCGACUAAUACUGAAGCAAAGGUCUUUGUCAUUACAGGAGGAAAUAGGGGUCUUGGUCUUGGCCUCGUCAAGUCCAUUCUCGCACGUCCGCAUCACACCGUGAUUACUACGGUUCGCAGCCAGGAGGCCGCGGAGACACUGCAAAAGGAAAUUGCCAGCGUCGAGAAGGGCGAGGAGAGCGUACUCCAUGUUGUUCAAAUCGACUUUACCGAGGCCGUGUCGCCCGACAAUGUCCGCGCAGCCAUAGAUCAGUUCGGCAUAGACCACAUUGACGUUCUCAUUUUGAACGCCGGCUAUGCGCAUCCCAUGCGUACCGCCCGCGAAACAACGGCGGAGGACCUGCGCGCCGCAUUUGAAACAAACACGAUUGCGCCGUUGCUGGUAUUCCAGGGGUUAUGGCCACUUUUGCAGAGGUCGCCGUCGGAUCCAAAGCUCAUCUGGAUCACGUCGUCGGUCGGUAGCAUUGGCGAGAUGGAGCCCGUCCCUGGCGGUGCCUAUGGGCCGAGCCGGGCCGCACAGAACUGGCUCACCCGGGCUUUGCAUCUAGAAAACCACAAGGAUGGUCUGAUCGCCAUUGCUCUGCACCCGGGCUGGGUAAAGACGCGCAUGGGACAGCACGUCGCGGACGAGUGGCCGCAGUUUCGAAAGGACAAGCCGAAUGAGCCGCCGCUCGAGGUUGAGGACAGUGUCCUGGCCAUGCUCAACAUCAUUGACACGGCGACACCAGAGGACUCGGGCAAGUUUAUCAAUGCAGCAGCGAAACCCGAAGAGCCAAAAGUGAUCGCUUGGUAG